GUUCGACAUGAACGAAUAAAUAAAUUUCAGUUCUUCUUUUUUCAAUUAGUUUUACAUUUUUGAAUCUUAGACACACAAAAGGACGGCAUUUUGACUGCAAAUUAAAGGAAAAGCUUUCCGCAUUCUUUUUCUUUUACUUUGAAUAUUUUUAAUCCAGCGACGAAAUUCUCAAUUGGGUUUGGCUGUCUGAUAAAUUAGGACUGCAGCAAUGGCGGUAAACUUCCUGUGCGACAUUGUCGUCAGCCACUUGGAGCUGCCCAAUGAGGAGAUCCGCGAACCGAAGCAUCUUCAGGUGUCCAUGCAUUUUGGCCGAGUGCCCCUCAGCCUCACCUCCAGCUGCAUCAAUGUGCGCGAGUUCACGCCCACCAGUCAGACCGAGUUCAAGGACACUCCCAAAUCGUUGCGCGAAAGUCUGGCGGCCAAUGGGCUACCCAUCACCGUGCGCCUGGCCGGCAAGACCCUGGGCACUGGCACGAUGGAGUUGCCAGAGGACUUUACCGACCGCAUCAGCGUUACGAUGAGCGACUUGAUGUUCGGCAACAUCUGCAACCUGCAAGCCCAGAAGGGGAUCGUUGGCACUGUGCAAAUUAUGCUGCGGCUCACCAUCAAAUGCGAGAAUCCACCCAAUGAACCCGACACAGGCAGCAAGCGACGUCCGAGCUGUGCCAAUCUGGGUCCCUCCAUUAACGAGCAGGACAUCAUGUUCAUGGUGGGAUCCGCCGAACCGUGUGGUAUUCCUUCGGAUCCAUGCGACGACCAACUGGUGCCCGAGCCGGGCGAUGAGCGGCUCCAGUUGGAUCUCUCGCGCUAUCGCAGCCGGAACUCGCGGGUCGACCAUGAUGUGCCCGAGCCGCAGGAGGGGCCCUGCUUUGGACAGCUGCGACAGCUGACAGAUAGGUAUGGGAGCAUCAUUCAGUCGGUGGCCGAUAGGGUCAAGGACCUGAAGCCCACGCCCUGCAUAGUGCGUCCAGUCAGGGAGGAGACACCCCGGCGGGUGCCCAUUCAUCGGCAAGCGGAGCGCACGAUACCCGUGCCACUGGGCGACACGGAAGAGUUGGGCAUCAAGCCCAUCCGCUUCUGUCCCGUUUGUCUGCACGCCAUGUCCUGGCUGCCCAAGUUCGCCAUGUGCCACAACUGCGGCACGCGGCCCAUGCCCGUGCUGGAGAAGCGGCACACGGUGGAGCUGACGGCGGACAAGAUCGUGGAGGAGCAGCUGCGCAAGCGAAAGAGUUAUUCGGAAAACGAGGACUUCUGCCAGGAUCCCUGCGAUAAGAAAAAGCAGCAGAUGCACGGCCACGGGGACGGCGAUGCGGACAGUGACGGCUGCAAGCCCUGCUGCUGCACCUGCACCAGUGGCAAGGUGUGCGUCCGCUGCCGAAUACGGAAGCUCUGCGAGGAUGUAUUUCAGCCACGGGAAAGCCAGGAGGCCAAGGAGUGCCCCAAGCCGCAGACAGGUGACGACUUCGCCGUGGUCACUGGGCCGCCGGAGAACUGUCGUCCGUACCUCACGCGCGUCUUCUCCGAACUCAUCGAUCUCUAUCAGAUCAACGACGCCCGGAAGGCCACCGAGCUGCAGGCGUGCUGCACUCAGUCGCUGCUGGCCAUGAAAACGCCAAGUGCAGCCAAGAAAAUGUCCGAUGAGGCGCAGGCGGCCACGACGCACAGAGGUGUGCCCCUGGGUGGCAUGGAGGAGCGCCACAAGACGGGCCACAAAACUUGUCUGUCCAGCGAUAAGGCCGUGCCCCGGCACCACGGCUGGGACUGGAUGAACACCGACGAGGCUCGCAAGCAUGGCUGGCGUCCCGGUGUUAUAGCGCGUUCCACCAGCCGAGUGAUGAAGUUCUUUCUGGAUCAAGAGGCGCACCGGAGCGUGUUCAGCGUCUGCCAGGAGCUGGCGGAGAAGAACAAGGAGACGGAGCUCCAGAGCCAGUCGGUGCUGAACGUGUGCAAGCGGAACCACGAGAUCUUCGUGACCUUGCGCCCGCUCAGCACACUGGGCAUGGAGCAGCAUCCAAUCACGUUCAAGAUCGUCAAGAGCGAGCUGGCCAUGGCCCUGAGUGAGCUCAAGCGGAUACUCAAGGCCAAGGGCUUCGUCAAGUGCACCUGCCACCAGACGCUGAUGCUGUGCACCUGUCGCAGUGCGCGCGAGAAGCGCCUCCUCGAACGAGCCAUCGACAAGGAGUGCCGGCGGCGCACCAUAGCCCCCUGUGUGGACAAACUGAUCCUCACGGACACCAGCGACAGCGAGAUGGAGUUCGAAUUUGAUGUGACGCCACCCGCGGGCAGCCAGAAGCCGCCCAGAAAGCAGAAGCGCACCUUGAACCACGGCACCCAAACGAGCAAAAAGGACCAACUGCCGCCUCCACCACUCUAUCCCAUUCCGCAGGAUCCCUACUGGCGCGCCUUCGACUGCGGAGUGGGCGAUCGGUACAUGGGCACUGCCUUUGGCGACAACGAGGAAACCGUCUUCGAGGACGGCGUCUUUGGCUACAAUGGCGGGGGCCAGCACGGCGAACCUCCUGCCCUUCGGGAUCCGAGAAUCUGGGGCACAAAUCCAGGCGCUCCCAUGCGCCUGGGCAGGGGUCGCAACGAGGGCAACAGCAAUCGAUUUGCUGGCACAGCGUGGCGCGGCUUAGCCCGCAGAGUAAUAAGGAAAAUGCGAAUUGCGGCAGCCAAUAAAUAAACAGUGCAUAAGUA